AUGCUGGCGAGCAUGACCCAGUGCGGCGCCAGGGAUAGGCGCCAGUGGAGAUGCGCCUCGAAGCGGGAACGCGGGCGGUACCUGUACACCAUUUUCCUCUCCCUCUCCCUUUCCCUCUCUCUCGUUUCACGCCUCACACUCCGUUCAGGCGUCCGGCGGCACCUGGUGCCAGCCAUCUUCUCGCCCACCGUGCUGGCGGCGCUCACGACACGCACAACAUGCGAGGACGUCCUUCCGGACGUAAAGAAGCUCGUCCAUCCGCCUCCCCCACUUCGCGCCCUCCGCCGCGCCCUCCGCCGCGCACCUGGGCACCCAAUCGCGGGUGCCCGGUGCCCGGUGCCGCACUCCCCUCGUGCUUUGCCCGCCCGGCCUGCAUCCCUGCAGGUGGACACCUACGGCGUGUGGCACCACGUCCCCGCCAAGAUCGUCGGCAAGGCUCGCAGGGAAUCGGUGGUCAUGGAGGAGGUCGAGCGCAAGCACCUCGGCGGUUUCGAUGUCCACAAGCUAUUCGCCAAAAUCCCUUGCGAGCUUAUGGCAAAAGGCUUCUCAGACUCAUCCUCGACUUCGACGCCUCCAGGUCCAUCUUUCCCUACCUAUCUGCCCCUCGCGCACUCCGAAGGCGUGCGGCUUUCCCUCGCGCGCAUCUUCUCCAAGCUCUCUCCACGCCAGCCCGUGAUGCUCGACCUCCGUCCAAACGCGUUCACGCUGCUCGGCGAGGGCGUACUCGACCACACGGAGGCGGCGGGCGUUGCGCUGAUGUACGACCUGCGCGCGCGCGAUCGUGACGUCCUCCUCGACGACUUCUGUCGCUCGUCACCUUCACUCGCGACGAAGCUCGUCGACUUCGAUCCCGAUACCCGUCCACCGUUCCGCACGCCAGUGGACGGUCCUGAACGACGGGGGCGGCACAGCUCGCCGCGCGUGUCACAAACGCCAGCAGGCACGCCCUGCCGCGAGGUUCUGGGGCGAUGA